UUAAACUGGGUGAGGUCACACAUACAUAAAAUGAUAUAUCUGGUUAAAAAUAUUAAAUAAUCCGUCUGAUCGGGAUUAACCAGUGAACAUUAAAUUUGGGUCAGGUCACAGAUAUCUUUAAUGAUGUAUAUGUAUCUGAUUAUAUAAGUCAUGAAGCAAACAUGAUAUAUAGAUUUCAAUCAAUGUAAUAUAGAUUUAGUGUCUGCAUUUGCCAUUAUCAAUAUAACUUACGACAACGAAACGUUAAGUUCAUUUGGCCUGAAUUGAUAAGGUAUAACAUUCAUAGUACAUUCGUUUAUCGAUGCUUAUCUACGUUUUCAAGACAGAAUAUUCGUAUUUCAACCAAGCAGUAAUGUGUUCUCUGAUUUUAAUAUUUCUGACCAGUUUGGUUACUCAGACUCGCUCAGAUGGUGUGCAUGACAAAGAUCAGGAUUUGGAAUAUCUUAAACUUAAAGUCGAGCAAUUGUCUGUCCUCAGUCAAGAGAAUCACCAGAAAAUCCAGCGUUUGGAAAAUUUAUACACCAGGGAGCGUAAUGAACGACUUUCAUUGGAAAAGUCUCUUUCUGAUCUGCAAUAUUCACACCACAGGACCGCCACAACUCUAGCGAGGGAUACCAGGACAGGACAUAUGCCAGUGUUUGCGUUCCACGCAAUCCUUUCCAGUGAUUUUAUCGCCUCUCAGGACAAUGAGGUGGUACCGUUUGAUUUCGUAUCCGCUGAUUACCCUACUCGCCAUAUUCACUACAACACGACCACUGGGAAAUAUACGUGUCUUCUGGAAGGAUUUUAUUUUUUUUCGUGGGCAACUGGCGCGACUGGGCAAGGAUCCUCUGCUGAAACGUCCCUAGUAAAGAACGGGGAUUGGAUUGGUAUGCAGGUUGCAUAUGACAGCUACGCUUCUUCUUCGUCAUCGGUCAUCUUACACCUCGACAACCAUGAUACGGUGUGGGUCAGGAUGAAAACGAAGGGGUCAUCAGUGCUUAGGGAUGUCAGCACAUUUACCGCAUUUCGGUUGAGCGACUAAUAAAGUCAGUGUGAUUGUUUG